GGAAGUAUCCCAUACAGAAAGGAUGUUUGAAUUGUUUACAUCAGUCAAUCACACGUUGUACCGAAAACUUUUGUGUUAACUUAAUUUUUAACUAUGAUUAUGUGCUCAAAUGCGAGUGGAUGAGACAGCUUGAUGACAUUAUGCCAACCACGAACAGAAAGAAGCAAAAAGAGCGGAAGGACACCGCGGUCCAGGGAACUAACGACAGCAGUGUUGUAAGUAAAGUUUCUGCUGCAGCUCAGGGAUACUUCAAAGAUGAAAUCAUUCAACAUUUUGUGUGCAAAGUGGCCAGAAGAGCCCCGCUCAUCAACAGGGGCUACUAUGUUCGCUGGAGAGCUGUGGAUCACUGUGUGAAGAGAUUUCUGCACAUUACUGAAAACUGCCCCAAGAGACAGGUUCUGUCUCUGGGUGCAGGAUUUGACUCUUUAUACUUUCGCCUUCACGCAGAAGGAGCACUAGACAGAUCUGCUGUAUUUGAGGUGGAUUUUCCAGAUGUAGCUCGAAGAAAAAAGGCUCUGAUCAACUCUAAUAUCACUCUGAGGGGGAUGUUAGACUCCCAUUUACCUCCUCCUGCAGGGCCUGUGUUUGUGUCGAGCGGUCAGUACCGGCUGCUGGGGGUGGAUGUGAGAGAUGAGUCCAAGGUGGAGGAGGCUCUAGGUGCAGCUGGGCUGGACUGGGCUGCCCCCACAUUAGUUCUCUCUGAAGUGGUUCUGACCUACAUGGAGACACAAUGGUCAGAUGCCGUCAUUUGCUGGGCUGCUAAGCUCCUGCCACAGUCUCUUUUUGUCAUGUAUGAGCAGAUCCAUCCAGACGAUCCCUUCGGCCGCAUCAUGCAGGAUCAUUUUUUGAGGCUUAAUUCAGCUCUGCAUGCACUUCAAGAAUACCCAGACACUGCUGCACAGAGACACAGGUUUCUAGACAACGGUUGGGAGCAGUGUGUGUGUCUGGAUAUGAAUGAGUUUUACCUUGGGCUGGUUUCUGAGGAUGAGAGACUCAGAGUGGAGAAUCUGGAGCCAUUUGAUGAAUAUGAGGAGUGGCAUCAGAAAUGUUCUCAUUAUUUCAUCCUUACUGCAUCUCGAGGCUCAUUAACAUCUCAGGCUUUACUCACUCAUGCUCCAGUUUCUCCAGCGCCUUCCUCUCUGCCAUCUCUUAGCCCCUCAGCUCUGAGUGUACAGACCUUACUCGUCACUUUGGAAGGUUUGGGGAUGGCGUCCACCUCUGUCAGUCCUGGGAGAGUCCUACUAACAGGAGGCUCAAGCAGAGGAGGCAGAGGGGCAGUGAUGAGGAUGCUCCUCAGAGAGCAGGAAGGCUGGAGAUCUGUGAGUGUGGAACCAACUGAGGAUUUAGGUGUUCGACUCUACCACACCAUCACCUCUCUACCCGGAGGAGGUUUGUUGGUUUAUGGUGGUCGCUCCUCUCCUUUAAACCCAACCAAAGGCCUUUGUAGAGUAACCUUUGACCCUGCGGCUUCGCCUGGUCGUCUGGACUCUGUGGUACAGGAUCCAGUGAAAAUUUGUAUAGAGCAACUGGUCUGUACGGGUGAACCACCAGCGCUGAGAUGGAGACACACCGCUACAGCAGUCAGUCACAAAGGUAAAGACUUUGUGUUUGUUUUUGGUGGAAAGAACGAAUCAGAGGCAACUCUAGGUGAUGGACACUUCCUAUGUUUGGACCAGCAGCAAUGGAUGGAGGUACCAGUAGAGGGUGCUGUCCCAGAGGCCCGUCAUUCCCAUUCAGCUUGUUUAUACCACGGAGGCGUGGUGGUGUUCGGAGGCUUAAACAGAGGUGGUGUUCCUCUGGGGGAUACGGUGAUUUUACGGCCCACAGAUAGAGGCUUCACCUGGGAGAGGAUGGAGGUGCAGCCGCCUCCUGUUCCCAGGUACUCUCAUUGUGCUCAUGUUAUCAGUGAAAAGCUGGUUGUUGUUGGAGGAGUCUGGCUUCAUUCAGACGGCGUCCCUGGGGUUCUCAUCAUUGAUCUCGCCACAUGCAGCAGUGUGGAGUUCAGACUUCACACUACCUCGGUGCCCUGGCCUCUGAUGCUGCACUCGUUCUGCUCUGAGCUGACAGACACAGAAGAACCUCGACUGCUUCUGAUUGGAGGAGGAGGAAACUGUUUCUCGUUUGGGACUCACUUCAACCCUCAGCCCGUCACUGUGGACCUCCAAGCUGCUCUGGGAUGAAGUGGACUGAAGGUUUUUCUCUUGGAAACUGUCAAAACGGGGAUCUCUUAAUAUUGACUUGGCUUUGAUGCAUUUUAGGGUCUUAAAUGAGUGGAAAGUACCUAAUGUUUUUUAAUUGCUACAGUGAUUUUUUUUAAUGAUUUGCAACCAAAUAACUGUCUUUGACUGCUGCAACAUAAGCCUUUGAAAUAAAAGUAAAAGUGUG